ACUUCCUUCCUUAUUAGCUUCUAGGUCUACUUCUAGAUCUGUCUGAAAUAAAAGCGUAUUCAUGUGAAUGUGAGAUAAACCUGUAUGGAUAAACACACAACCGAUGUAGCUGUUUUGAAAUCUUUUUAGGGGAUGCAUGAGGAUUCUGAGAAGAAAUCACCGAACAUAUUCAUGCCACAGAAUGCGGCGAGUAUUUCUUGAUGGAUAUUUAUUGACCAUUCUGGCCAUUUCAUGUAAUCUCCAAGGUAAGUUUUGCCCAGCUUGUGCUAUCCCACACUUUGGUGAGUGAUGACCGCAGUACGUAAUCUUUUUCUUCUUUCCUUUGUAGGUAAUUUAGCUUUAUGGCUCAUUUAUGGAAAUGGUUUCAGGUUUUGACCUGGGUGAAGUCUUACUCUCCCUAUCUGUGACAAAGAGAAAUUACACAGAAUCACAGAAAGAAAUCACAUUGAAAAGUUAUAGCACAGCAGUGCAGUGUGUGUGUGUGUGCAAGACCAUGUGUGACCAUAUGUUUUACGUCUCCCGAUGUGUCUGUAUGUCUAUGUAUGUAUAUGUGUUUGUGUCUGUGUGGGUGUGUGUAAACAUAAUCAAGGUGUCAUUUUUUUUCGCUGCUUUUGUUAUACAGCUCUGUGGAAUCAUGAUAUUACCACAGUUUACUGCUAAUUUAACUCAAAAUAUUUCUCCUUUGAUCUCUUUCAGUCUCAGUCAGUGAGUGUGUGACAUCUGUGCAGUCAAAGCGCAGAGAGGUGUUUAUGCCAGAAGGGAGCAGUGUCUCUUUGGUUUGCAAGAUUCUGCACUGCGGGCAGGAAGGCUGGAGAGGAGCAUGGCGUUUUACAGCAAAGGGGCAUUCCACUUUGCUUAUCCCAUCGGCACGACACCACGUGUCCAAUUACACAGAAAAUGCCAACAGUAUAAAUCUGUUGGUCACCGUUCAAAGCCUUAACCAAUCAGAUUCUGGGGCUUACCAGUGCUAUGUCAAAUGGAAAAACAAUUUAACCAGUGCAGGGCAUGUAACAUAUGUCAAUGUGACUACAGGUAGCUAUUUCAAUGUGACUACAGUUGAUCCUGAAUCAGGGAGAAGGCUCUAUCACCGGCUUCUGGUUUGUGGUGCGGCUGGCCUGUGUUUAUUUCUGGUGCUGGGACUGACCUGCUGUACGUCCUCUAGUCAACGCUUGGCCCCUCCGGUCCCUCUGCGCCGCAGAGGUCCACCCACUGCUCGAGUUAAUCCAAAAGCAGGAGUGGUGUAUGCAACCAUCGUUCUGGACAAGCCGAGGCACCACCGCGAAGCUCAGUCAAGGGAGGAGCCCAUCCUCUACUCCACUGUGAACUUCUCCACCGCCUGAACAGACGGGUGUCUCACACAUGCAUCUGAUGUUAAUCUCUCUGGAUUACACAUCCCAGGAUGCGAAAGAUCUCCUGCCUGACAUGUCUGUAGUCCAUUUCAGCCCAAACCUGUGUGUUUUGUUAGUGCCUUUAAUGAACUGUGCCAUAAAGGUGAGAAUUUCCACAAUUUGUUCUUAUAAGCUGAAAAUGUUACAGUAACAUGAUAAAUAUGUACUUACAACAGAGGAAUGGAAAGUAACUUCCAUAAUAUGUAUUAUUUUAUUAAAUUAUUCAACAAUAAGACUUUCCAACCCCCUUCUCUGGGGUAAAGAAUACAGGAAAUGGCAGGGUUGUUGCAGGAAGAGGCACAGUGAACUAUAACCUCUCCCUUAGCUAUGUGAGUCUAGUACUACCUUCUGUAUUCUCAUAAACCCUUUCAUGACAUAGUUGGCAUGGUACAUAUUCCUUCUUAAGAAACUGGGAUAUGCACCAUUUUACUUUGUACAUUUGUCAUGUUACUUUGUAACUACGCUGUAGAAGUUUGCAACUUUGUAGCCAUUUCUGUUGGAAAAUCGAUUCUAAUUUGUAAAUAUUAUUAUAUAGUUGAAUAUAUGUAUGAUUCUUUGUGGAUCCAUUUGUACAAGGGACAGAAUACAGUAUCUGACACAAAAUACAACAUUUUAUUUCAUAAUAAAUUCUCCAUGGCACAUUACAUAACCAAAUAUACAUAUACAUGAAUAGUCUCUUAAAUUAUCUGCAAUUAUUUAACUCUUUUACACUGCAAUUUUACAUGACAUUGACACAAGGUUUAAAAGCAAUAAAUUAUGUCAGUAUAAAUGACCUGCUGUUGAUACACCAGCCCCUUUCACUAUCAAACAAAGAAACAAACAAAUAUGUUCAGCUGUUCCACGCUCUCUCUGUUCACACAGGUGCUCUAAAAUAUCCCUUUGCAAACUACACAAAGCAAGCAAACAUACUGAGACACACUGUUGCCUCAGUGUUAAGCUCAGGAGGCCUCAAACUGGCUACAAGCUCUCGCUACAUGGAAAGCGUUUUGGCGCCUAGCAAAGACCUGCACAAGUGUAACGACUGCUUCAGAAUUACUCAGUGACUUCUUCUUUAGGCAAGAUUCUCCUUUACUUAUGAUAUAAAGACAACCAAUAGCCAAACAUGGCUCUCUCAUUCAUAUGUCACAAUUUUGUUUUUACAUAUGAACAAUGUACUGUGGGACUGAAAGUUUUUGGUUUAUGUACAAUUCAAGUCAGUGAAAUGGAGAAUGAACGGUGAAACUAUGAAUAAAAAGCAGUGUAGAGAGAAUCCGCCUCACAGAAAAGUCGGGGUCUUCUGGUAGCUUAUGCUCUAUGAAUUUCCAGAACACAAGUGUUCUUUAUUUGAAUACAACAAUAAAUCCAGCAUUUAUAUUA